UUCGUGGUUGAUGCCUCCAACCCAACCCAGGUCUCCUCAUCCUGCAUCCAGCUGCUCUCCGUCCUCUCUGCAGAGCCACUCGUCUCCGUGCCCGUCCUGAUCCUCUUCAACAAGAUUGACCUGCCCUGCUACAUGUCGCUGGUGGAGAUGAAAUCGCUGUUCCGCAUGCAGGACAUCGUCUCCUGCGCCACACAGCCCAUCACGCUGCUGGAAACCAGUGCCCGUGAUGGCACUGGCCUGGCUGAUGUCCUGCAGUGGCUUCGGGCCACCUCCGGAGACCCUCGCUGA